AUGAGGCCAUUUCGCCCCCCAGUAGCAGCAGCAGCAGCAGCAGCAGCAGCAGCAAGGGGAGGAUUGGCGGUGAGCACUGGUGAGUGGAGACAGAGGGAGGUGAGGCGCGAGAGGGCGUGCAGGGAAGAACGAGAAGAUGGUGGUGCUGUUGCUGGUGCUGCCUCUGGUGAUGGUACUGCUGCUGCUGCUACUGCUGCUGCUGCUGCUGCUGCUGCUGCUGCUGCUGCUGCUGCUGCUGCUGCUGCUGCUGCUGCUGCUGCUGCUGCUGCUCCACCGGGGGGUGCUGGUCCAAUGGAGAUGACUGAAGGCGAAGACGAGUUGCGAGUGUGGAUGGGUGGAGAGGGCGAUGGGGAGUGUGAGAGAGAGGGAGGUGAGGGAGGGGAGGUGGAGGAGGAGGGAGGGAGUGAGGUGGAAGAGCGGAGCAGAGAGUUGGGUGAGGGAGGAGAGGAGAGGGAGGAGGGAAGGGGAGGGGGAGAGGAAGAGGUAUGA